AUGGUACGGAUACGAAGACAGCUUGUCCCAAAGGUAUUGGGAGGCAUAGUAGGAACGGCUGGUAUUGGAGGAGGACUUCUAUACUGGUAUGAGGAUGAAGGAACCCGUCGAGCCAUGAAGGCCUACUCGACUUUUGUUCCUGUGGUACUUCAUUAUCGAUGGGUAGAAGCUCGCCACAAGUAUCUUGCCACGGCGAAAUCAUCUUUGUCGUCUCUACUAUCUUCCGAGGAAAGCACACCUAAUAUAUUGCUGAAGAAAAAGGAACUAGAUCAACAGGAGAAGGAGGAGGAAUGGAAGGCUCUUGAUGAUUUGUAUGCUGAUCGCACUGUGGAACGACUUGGUGAAUUGCAGGGCAUGUAUUGCAAAUAUGGACAAACAGCUGCCGGAUUCACCAACACUCUUGGGGAGGCUUGGAUUCGCGCCUUGAGAACCUUGGAGAAUGAGGUCCCACCACGACCAGUUGAAGUGGUGCACCAAACCAUUCUGGAGGAGACUGGAAAGCCCUACGAUGAAACCUUUGUCUCAAUUGACCCGAAACCAUUAGGAAGUGCAUCGAUCGGCCAAGUUCACCGUGGGACAUUGAUGAAGGAUGGGAAACUGAUCGAGGUAGCUAUCAAAAUUCAAUAUCCAGAGGCCCAAAAGCUUUUUUCCGACGACAUUCACGCCAUUCGUGCCUUUUGCGAGGCAUUUGCACCAGAACACGUUGUAAUGUUGAAUGCCAUGGAACAAUCAAAUAGGGGCGAAUUGGAUUACACGCAAGAAGCAAAGAACCUGGAAGAGAUUCGAGCCAACCUCGAAAAGGAUGGCUUUGCCCCAGGCCAAGUGGUAGUUCCGAGGCCAUUCCCUGAGCUUUCUACUAAACGAAUGCUUGUCAUGGAGUUAUUACCGGGGGAGAAGCUUAUUGACGGAAUGCGUAAGUUCUAUGCAGAAUGGGCUGAGGCCAACGGCACCACUUUGGAGGCUUUGGAAAAUGAAGCUCGUUCCAGGAUCGAAAAGGAGGGAAUUCCUGCGAAAUACGAUGGACCAUCGGGAUGGCAAAUUGCUAUAUAUUCAAGAUAUUUGAAGAUUCGGGACAGUUUUGUCAAUGUCGGUAUCGCUGCCUACAACAGCGUUGCGGGGAAAGCUCUGGGAGCAUCCACAAUUUCCUACCAGAAGUCAUCGAUACCACCCAACACGCCACGAAUAAUUGAUACCCUUAUGCGGGUACAUGGAUACCAAUUGUUACAAGAUGGAGUUUUCAAUAGUGAUCCACAUGGUGGGAACUUCUUGCUCUUGCCUGAUGGAAGAAUAGGUUUGAUUGACUAUGGUGCCACGAAACGAUUGAUUCGAAAUGAACGCUUGUCUAUGUGUUUGUUGUAUGCUGCCAUCCAUCGAAGGGACGAAGAGAAGUUGUUCCAACUUUGCGACAUUGGAGGGUACAAGAGCAAAUAUGGACGUCGCGAUAUCCUCAUGAAACUCAUUCUAUUUGGAUACGAUUCUUGGGGCAAAGACGUCACCGAAGGCAAAAAUAUUCAACAAUUCAUUGAUGACAUGAAAGCUGAAGAUCCCUGGGAAGAGGUGCCCGACAACUUUGUAAUGGCCCAAUUCAUGAGUACCCGAUUGAGAUCAUUGGCGCUGGGAAUGAAUAGUCCCAUCAAAUGUUCCGAGUGGUGGGGUCCAAUCGCGGAAGAAGUGCUGAUAAAAGAGGGGCACCCGUACGAAAGUUGGGACCUUGAAAAGAUGAAGAAGUAUCAACCGGAGUUAAAUAUGCAACGUUAUAAGUUUGCCUAG